AUGGUUGCCGCUUCCGGAUCCUUCCCACCGCCUCUCUUAUCACCGUUCUUAUUCCUUAUCUAUUCAACUGCAACUAAUCUUUCUCUUCGAACCCAAACUCAAACAACCGUUCAUCGGCUUCUUCUUCUCCGCAUCUGCCGCCUCUCCCUUCUUCCGUUUCCGGUUCAGAUCAGACAUGUUUCCGAUUUUUCUUUUUUAGCGACUUCGUUUCUUUAUUUCUCGGCAUCGGAAGUGGUUUUCAGCCAGCUCCAAUACCGACUGGUUUUGAACGAGCUCCGUGUAUCCGUUCUCGCAUCUGGAAUCAGUUCAGAUAAUCAGAUGAAGGAGAGCAUAUCGCGUUCGGUUUUGGUGCAUAGUGAUUUUACCCUUCGUGGCGAAAAGAGGAGCGCUUCAAUGCAUCUGAUGCUGAUGGAGAUGACUGAUUCAAACUACUUGUAUGAUGUUAUAUUAUAUCACAGGGAUUUAGAAAGGCUGGUGAAAGUGGAUUUACAAAAAUCACAGAAUGAAUUGGCAACUUCGGACCAGCAAAAGUCAGAUGAUAAGAUGUUGAAGUUGGUAUAUGAUCAAAAGCAAGAAGAAGUGCUCCGAAAAUUAUGA